ACUUCUUUAGACUGGGACGCAGCUCCGCGCAUGCUCAGCAUUAACUAGGGUGGCAAUACACACGUGCUUACGGCCAGCCACGGCGCCUGCGCCGUAGCGGCCUGGAGUCGGUACGCGUAGACGUUUCUCGCACCUUGACUCCGGCCCUCCGCAAGAGCCUCUUUGUGCUUAGUGUCCUGUGCACACGCCUUGCAAGCGACGGCGCCAUGAGUCUGACUUCCAGCGUACGAGUUCACUCCAUGCUGGGAAUAGACAACUCACCUCUGAGGCUGAGGCUAACCAGACUAUGCAGAACUUUCUUCUCUCCAACAUUCUGUGGAACUGGGUUGAAUGGAUCGCAGCAGUUACUAUUGCUGCUGGGACAGCUGCAGUUGGUUAUCUAGCUUACAAAAGAUUUUAUGUUAAAGAUCAUCGCAACAAAUCUAUGGUAAACCUUCACAUCCAGAAAGACAACCCCAAGAUAGUACAUGCUUAUGACAUGGAGGAUUUGGGAGAUAAAGCUGUGUACUGCCGUUGUUGGAGGUCCAAAAAGUUCCCAUUCUGUGAUGGAUCUCACACAAAACACAAUGAAGAGACUGGAGACAACGUGGGACCUCUGAUCAUUAAGAGAAAGGAAACUUAGACAGUUUUGAUACUGCAAACCAACUUGUCAUGAUGUUAUCUGAUUGUUUAAUUAGAAUGACUACGACUUCUGUCUAAUUCACCUCCCCUGGGUUCUAGAUGUGGUAUAUUGGAAACUGCAGCUUUCAUACUCACGGCAUUUGCCUUACUUGUUGAACCAUCGUGGUGCACAUUUGUUUAAACAAAAAAGGAAAAAGUAAAAACCAACUUCAUGGCCUGUGGGUUAUUUUGGUCUUGUAAGGAUCCGUUUCUUUACGUUUAAAAUAAUUAUAUUAAGAUAUAGUUGUAUGUUAAAGUUAACAUUAAAUUAUUCUCAAAAUCCUGUAUAUGCAGGUUGUACUUAUAAGUUUCAAAGAAAA